AUGGGCUGGAUUCUGGGAGAGAAGUUCGACACAGUCUAUCCACACAAAGGAUCAAUCGAGGCCCUCUGGGAGACGAAAUGGAAGGCAGCGUGCGAGAUAUCAGUCUAUCCUUUCCAUGAUGGAAAGUUGGAGGAUUUUGAGCCGAUUUUCAAGAAGCUCAUUGCUGAAAACAUCAACGAUGCGUACUCCGACGCGUAUACCGAAAUAUUCCUACCUUUUGCCGAGCUGCUCGAACAGCGAGCGGCCGCAGCGCUGCGCAAGGGUGAUGGGGCUACCGCAUCGGGCCUACUCCUCCGCGCAGCAGUCGUAUACAGGAUCGCGCGGUUCCCGUACGUAGGUCCCGCGACAACGGGCCUCAAGAGAACGGCAUUCGAGCGGCAGAAGAUUGCAUACCUCAGGGCAGCAUCGUUGUGGAAACCGCAGCUGCAGGAAACGGUCAUCGGGCACACCCAUCGUAAGGGAAAGGACGGGACACAUAUCCCAAUCUACCUUUGCGUUCCAGAGGACAGUUCGAAGCCCGUCCCCUGCGUUCUCAUUAUGACAGGCCUAGAUGGCUAUCGGCCGGAUAAUACCAAGCGCAUUCAUGAAAUCGUCAGCCGUGGGUGGGCAGUUGUGAUCUGCGAGAUUCCCGGAACGGCAGACUCCCCAGCUGAUCCGAGUGACCCCUCUGCUACGGAUCGCUUGUUGGACAGCGUGUUCCUGUAUAUGAGACAACGGACUGACAUCGACAUGUCGAGGAUCGCACUUUGGGGACUGAGCGCAGGUGGUUUCUACGCUAUACGAGCCGCGCAUACGCACAGAAACCGUCUUGCGGGUUGUAUUGCCCACGGUCCAGGCGCACAUUACUUCCUAAGUGAAGAGUGGCUUAACAGAGUUGAGGACCACGAGUAUCCGUUUCCGUGAGUCCGGCUGCUUUUAGCUCAUUAGGUGAUAUUUGCUCACUCGAACCAGAAUUAUACGCGCCUGGGCGAAGAAAUACGGCUACGAUGACCCUGCCGACUUCUGCAAGAACGCUCAGCAAAAGUUCUCCCUUCUCGAGACUGGGGUUCUUGACCGGCCAUGCACUCGGCUAUUGUUGUUGAACGUGAGCAUUUUCCCAAUUCUCGGCAUGCCAGCUCAUUGAAGUUUCUAGGGUAUCGACGAUGGCGUAGUUCCGAUCGAGGACUGCCUCCUGCUGUUCAACCAUGGCAGUCCUAAAGAGGGAAGGUCAGCAGA